AUGUCGCGCUGCUCGUUGAGCUUCCUCAGCAGCUCCUCCGACGUGGUGCCCGACGACAGCGAGUACGAGUGGUCCGGCGGGCCGCCCUCCAGCGGGCCCUCCUCCCCCGCCGGCAGCCUCCCGGGGCCGGGCCCAGCGGCCGCCUCGGGCCCGAGCUCCACCUGCACCGUCAGCGGCGGCGGCGGGGCGGGGGCGGCGGGCGGCCCGCUGCGCUUUGCGCUCGUUGACGCCGCGCAGGGGGAAGAUGGUGGGGACCCGCACCAGGCUCUGUCUGAUUCAGGAAAGAAGACUUCUGUGCAAAGCACGUUGGUGAAGCAGAGAGCGAUGACGUUCCCCGAGCUCGACAAUGACACGCCACGGAACAUGCUCAAGAGGAUCCUCCGCACCCAACCACAAGUUUCACCUCUGGUAAUUCAGAUACCUAAACAUGGAGAAACACGAAACAGUGGACCAGAACCACCAUCUAAGAGAGCUUCCAGUGGGGUGGAAAUACAACUGCCAGACCUCAUUCCUGAGGACACCUCUGUUGCCACUUUCCAUAUAACUAAGAAGAGAAAGAAAGUCAGCAUUUCUGAGUUUGAGAGGGCAGCAGACAGACGACUGCCCCAGAACCAAGCUCAGUCAGCGUUGGACAGCAGCACUGCUUUGGCUCGAUCUCUGCACGUGUCUCUUGGUUCCUUGAUGCCACCAGACACUGUUGAGAAGAGAGGCUUGCUGCGCAGGCCCAGGACCCGCAAGGCUGUUGAUGUGGAAGCUUUUGAACAGAACAUGCUGAAGAGAAAAGCUCAGAACUAUCUUGUGGACUCACAACUGGCAUCAAGGAGCCAAACAGCCAUGCUGGCAAGCGAUGCUGAGAUCAUGCUGAGUAACACAGAGCUCUUUGUUCAGCCUCAGCUUGAUCAACAGAGCCAAGAUAAGCUUACUGCUCCUGAACCACAGCUGCUGGAUGCCAAAGCUUCGGCACAGAGAAGCAAGAUUUCUGUUGCAGCUCAGGAGGAAGCGAGACUGGUGGGCCUGGUAUCCAGUGUGAGCACAAAUGAAGGAAGGAGCCAAGGAUAUUCUGAGGACUUAGACCUUAAUCAUGAGAACAGUGACAGAGGGACUCCCACAGCUCCAAAAACACCUGCAAACCAGCAAGACAACACACAAAACCAUUCCCAGCGGAGUCACUCAAUGCAACAGCUUGCUGUUUCAGAAGAGGUGGUGGUUGGCACUGCAGAGCAUCAUGCCAGUACUGAAUAUUCUGAACAUUUGGAGAAAGAACUGACCAAACCAGCAGAGUCCCAGAUAAAUCUGUCACAGGGUGGCACAGCCAAACCAGAACCAGCCCCCCAAAAGGAGGGAGGAAUAGCAGAAGGCAGUGUUGAACACCAAGACUCUCCCAAAGCUGACCAUGAGAUGGCUGAAGGUGCUGGAGCUGGAAGUUUGGGCAGACAUUCUCAUGCUCUUUCCCCCUCUGAAGAAUCUGGAUUGAAGCCAUUAGAGGAAGCUCUUGAAGAAGCAGAUGAACUAGAAGACCAGGCUGUCAUGGUGGAAUUUAAUGAUCCAGAGGAAGAGACUUCUGAGGAUGAAACUGAAGAGCCUGAGAGUGAAGAGGUUUCCAUGAAGACACCCACCUUUGUCCGGGCUGGAGCCCAAAAGCCACCACUGUCUGCACCACAUUCUGCUACACCUGCUGCCCUCAAGUUGUCAACUCCACAUUCUGCAAAACCUGCUGCUCCCAUGUCUCUCCAGCAGCCACUGAAGGUGAAGCCAGUUCCAAAGGGCUCGGGAGCAUCACGGAGGAAGAAGUGUGAGCCUGAAGUAGCAAGCAGUUUGGUAAAGACCAUAUUCAGCCAUUAUGUGAAAAUGCCAGUGGCCAGAGAUGCCUUCAGGAUUGUUCAGAAAUGCUCUGAGAGGUACUUCAAGCAGCUAAGCAACGAUCUGGAAGCUUACACCAACCAUGCAGGGAGGAAGACAGUGGAGAUGGCAGACCUGGAAGUCCUCAUGAGAAGACAAGGGCUGGUGACAGACAAGAUGCCAUUGCACGUGCUGAUAGAGCGUUACCUCCCCCUGGAGUACAGGAAGCUCCUGAUUCCAGUUGCUGUGAGUGGAAAUAAAGUGAUUCCCUGCAAAUAAUCAUGGCCCUGGGCUGGGACAGUGCCUGGGGGAGCAGGGGCUGGUCCUGGGUUCAGUUUCCCACACAGAGUGGGGCAGCACACGGUUGAUGCCAUGGUGGACUGAUUCCAGUUGUGCUCUGGCUCUAACACCAACUUGCACAUCAACCAAGGACUUUGCUUCUCCUGGAAUUUUAAUCUUCCCUUGGAAUACUUGUACAGCUGUGGUAAAUAAAAGAUGACCUGUAUUGUGUG